AUGCCAUUGAAAGAGGUACUUCAGAAGGACAGACUCGACGAUCGGAGUGGCCAACCGCCUCCUUCCAGAUACCCUGCACAAGAAAUCAGAUUUAUUCGCACCGAUACACACAACGCAGAGGUCAUUGAUCCGCCUGCCUUUGACGAUGAUCACCGCAGGUCUUCGUCUUACUCGCCCAGGCGCGGAUCGUUCUUCCACCGGCACUCACCUGGACUGUCGCCUACCAGAGAAAAGAGCGAGUCACGACUCUCGAAUCUGCUCCACAUUGAUCGGCCACGUACACGACGCGGCAGCGCGACCUCCUUGAAUAUACCCCCAGACCUCCCGCAGAUUCAAACUGAGAACGGCGACACUGAGGAAAGAGAGGCGCAAUGGGAGAAGAGGGCAACAACAUUGAUCCAAGAAAACCCACGUUUGGCAUCGCCAAGCCGAGCUUUGAGUCCUCAAGGCGGACCACCUGGACAACGAUCGAGGAGUCGCAGCAACUCGAGAGUGAACGAUCCAGAGAGCGAUGUUACCAUCCAGGAGGCUAUCCGUCUACAUGAGGCUGGAGAGCUUGAAAAGGCAACCGAAAUGUUUGGCGUCCUUGCCGAUCCCAACGGUGCAAACAAUGCCCUAGGUCAGGUGCUGUAUGGGCUCGCUCUCAGGCACGGUUGGGGAUGCAAGGCAGAUCCCGCCAAAGCGGUUACCUACCUUUCUGCCGCGGCAUCAAAUUCGGCUUCAGUCGAGGCAGAAGCGCUUCGAGCGGGCAUGAAGAAAGGCGGUGCUGCCAAGGGUGAACUGGUUCUAGCGAUUUAUGAGUUGGCCAAUUGCUUUCGUAACGGCUGGGGUGUCGAAAAGGACCCGGUUGCCGCCAGACAGUUCUACGAGACCGCAGCCAAUCUUGGGGAUACUGAUGCCAUGAAUGAGGCUGCAUGGUGCUACCUGGAGGGAUUCGGAGGCAAGAAAGAUAAGGUAUCUUCAUCCUCCCCUUUGACCCUGUCAUCUCCUGCUCCUGGGCGAGGAGCCAAGCCUUUCGCGAGCUACGUCAAGUCACCUGUCAAGCACAAAUGA